AGUGUCUAUGCAUGAACAUGUGCCGGUCCGGUCCCGGGUACGAAAUGCUCGAAUGUAAGAGAACAAACAUGCUUUGUCUUUUCUUUCAGCCUUUUUUUCAUACAACAUGGGUGCCAUUUUUUAUUUAUUCCACAAGCACAAAAUCCAAAGCCUUUCUGUCCUGCGAAUAACUGACAGAAUAAUGUUUCUGUGUGUUUUGUCAGGUUUUGUACAUGUUGUAGGCCUAACUUGUGUAUUUUGCAAAUGUGAGUACAGCAUGUACAAAAAUCGACCUGGCGCCAAACUUUGUUUUUCUACGAGCCAGUGGCUCCUCAUUUUAAUUUUCUCUGUACAGCACUGUUUUGUCACCUGAGUAAUAAACAAAAUGAAGUUUCGUAAAGUACAUCCAGACCCAGUGUAGCUGUGUUCUGUAGACUGGUAUUUUAAAGUUCACAACUUUGCUUAUCUUUUGGAUGUUGGCCCAAGACCUCUUCUAAUCAGUCAAAAGGUGCAUCUUGUGCUGCCGUAGUCUCUUUACAGCCCAUCCACUGAUCAAGUCAGUGAUCUGAAUCAUUUGUGAUUAUGAGUACCAUUUUACAGGUCAAAAUACCUGAACAUGUAUGUAUUAAAGGCGACAGUUUGAUGUCCCUGUCAAAUUUAAAUGAGUUUAGUGUUCUGUGAUGAACCAUGAACAGACUAUAUGAAAGAUUACAGGCUAAUGGCAUUGCCUGUAUAUAGAGCAGUUACUCCUAAGGACAUGGUAUAAAGCUAAUGAUUCCAAGUAAAAUAGUUUUUAAAGUACAUGUGGAAAUGAUUUUGGCUGCUUGACAAAACUUUGGACAAGGGAAAAAUGAAUUGUAUUUAAAAAACCUAAAUGGCACUGCCAAACUGCAGAUAAAGGAAAUUACAUGUACAUGUCUGCAUUUUAAAAAUUUAUUAUUUUUAACAACUAAGAACAAGUACAUGUACAAUCCAAUAAUAGUCUUUACUGCCAAAAGAAGAAAUAGGAGACAUAUUACACUUGCCUCUUUUGAGGAUAGUUUUACAUUGAUGUACAUCAAUCAAAAAGAUGUCUUAGUCAGCAUUUGAAAACGAGUGUCUGCAUUUUGCCUUACACUGGAAAACAGGGCAUUAAAGUUUCUAAGAUUUUUGUACUUUUAGAUGCAUAAAUACAUGUAGACGUGUAUACAACUAAACAAGGUGUUCAUAAUGGCCUUAAUAGUGUGUCCAGAAUGUGCCUGGACACUCCUAUCCUUGGAUACAAGCAACCCCUUUACAAAGGUAGGCACAAGGUGACCUGGGCAUGAGUUGCAUGUUCCCACUGUACAGGCACGUACAUAGGUGUACACGUACAUUAUAUUAAUUACAUGUACAUACAUGUAUACCUUGUAUGCUUGGUCACAAUUUAAAUUGAUUGAUGUUGUCUUUACACUGUUUAUUAAAUUCUAUUUUAUAAAAUACAGGAGGGUUUGCUAUAAUUGUACAUGUAAUUGCAUCAUAACUAUCCAGAUCCAUUUUCAAUUUCUUCCUUGCCAUGUGUACAUGUAUGCAAUACAGGGACAUGUACAUUAUACAUGUAUGUACGAUACUUGACUCCAUGAAUCUGUAAUGGAUACUGUACUGUCAGUUUCAUAGCAACAGCAUGCAGCCAGUAUUACAUCUUGUGAAGAAAUACAUGUACAUGUAGUAAUGUAUAUUACAUUAUUGUGCUUACAAUCGUGUUUAAGUAUUGUGGUUUUUCAUUUGUCUUAAUGUCACUUUUUCUUUAGCGUUGUGAUAACCAGUGUCCUGGUGGUACACUUACGUUCCCAUGUAGGACAACCAGGAGAUUCAGUCAUAGAAUGCAUAGAUUACAGUGUAAAUAGAACACAUGGUGUGUUACUACAUAUGUGUAUGUACAUGUAAAUGUACACGUAGUAAUACACCGUUUAACAGAAUCACACAUUAUGCUAUCACACAUGUUGUUUCUAUUGUCUGGAGAGAGCAAUCGCUGUGAUGCCAUCAAUAAUUUGACAGUUUAUCCAUCGGAGUCCACUAUAAACAAAGCAGUUUGGGUUUUAAAUCAUCGAUUAUAGUCAGCCUGUACAGAACUAUUGUGUGGCUAAAUCCCCACAUCUUCUAUUGAAUGAAAUUAAGGUGUCCAUGCAUAACUUUUUUUUCAAGAUGUAAAAUGCACGAUUCAUAAGUGUAACAUAUGUUUUUGUUUGUGUUCAGUAGAAAUAUUUACCCUGUGACCAUGUGAAUUAUGGGGCAUGUAAGUACCAGUAGUGUUGUAAAGCAGGCCUAGUACAUAUACAUGUACAUGUACAGUAGUAUGAUGAUAAAAAUGUAUAUAAGUACAUGUAUGUAUGUGAUCAGUUACCAGACCAUGAUGUGUAACACCAAAAUGUGUCCACAUAGUUGCGUAUAAAAUAUUAUACUUGAACUUGAGAUCAUCAUGCACAUGGACAUGUUCAUUAAGUAAAAAAUACAUAUAACCUGUAAUUGUACAUCUGCACGUACGUGGACAAAACAUUUAACAGGUCGUAGGAGAGGCUGCAUUUGCAUUUGAAAGGCUGCCUUCAAGGCAGUAUUGCGUCCACACACAAAUCACGUCGGCGGUUUGUGCAUGUAUGUACAUGUAUAUGUACAUGUAGAUGCACAACUAUUUUAGGCUUCAUGUGUUUAACAUCAGCCUCCAUGUUCAUAUAUAUAGUUGUUGUAUUUUACAACAUACUUUACCCCAGUUAAUUAGAAAAAUUAUCUGAAGCAUUGUCUAGAAAUAUCGUUCCAUUGUGUGUCAAUACUUGUAUCUACAGUCUUUGUGUACUAUGCACAGUGCUGUUUUAAUGGAAAAUUUCUUCACUAAAUUCUAAUUGGCAUAAUGGGUUUACAGGGAAUAUUUCGAACAAAGGCAGUGACUCACUGCUUGAUAAGUGCUCACAUUGUGCUCGAUCUUGUCAUGGGGCUAUUUGCUGUAUUGCUGUUUGUAUACAUGUAGAAACAGUAAGGAUUAAUACCAAUGACUGUUUAUGGAACUAUACAGGUGUUUGUCAUUCUCAGAUUAUGAUAUACACAUUUUUGAAGGUUUGUUACCCAAAAUGUGGGAUUUUUUCUUUCCCUUUUUUGUAGAGGCCUUGCAAAUUACAACUGCAGCAGGAAAUUAAUCUGUAUACACACUGAAAAUUGCUGAUCAAUGUACAUGUAUGAGGGUCCUGAGGACAAAGCACUUGCCAUGUAUGCAAAGUGCAGCGUCCCUUGGACAACAGCUGCCCUGCAUCCCCGACAACUUAGCCCCAUGUUAACUACUGCGUAAUGAGUAACAUACUAGUAUAUGACGGAGCAUUGACAGACAAGAACUAUGCUGCCAUGGCUGCAGGUUCUGAUCCCGAACCAGUAGAACAACCCGUGGCAACAGGAGAUGUCACCAGUCACCCAACACACACGGCUCAUGCAACCACCCAUUAUAUUGGUUUACCUUAUCAGGAUCAUAAUUAUGGUGCGCCCCCUCCUCCUACCCCACCUGAGUCACCUUCUCCAGUCCCCAUAGUCUCCCCAGUAGCAACCAAAGUAAACGGGAUAUUUGAUGACCCUUUGAAGCUUGAGGUGAAGGUCACUGUAAGUUCUCCAGAGCCAGCAGAAAGCAAAGACGAAGGGGUAACCAGAUGCAUAUGCAACUUCGAUCAUGAUGAUGGCUACAUGAUCUGCUGUGACCGUUGCUGUGUCUGGCAGCAUGUGGACUGUAUGGGUCUUGAGAGGGACAGUAUCCCUGAGACAUUCUAUUGUGAGAGAUGUCAGCCGCGUGAAGUGGACAAGCAACGAGCUGUUGCACUCCAGAGCAAGAAACGUGCAGCCAUGUCAGAUGACUCCUCGAGUGACAGUGUCGAUGAGGUUCCAGCUGUGUCAGUAGGCGCCGGAGCAACAUACACAGCCAUUUCUAACUCUCCCACAAGCCUGACACUGACCACUCACAGUAAGCACAAGAAGAUGAAGAAGAAAAAGAAGAAACGAUCCAAGGAAAAAGAGGAAGACAAACAUCAUAAAAAGAGAAAGAAGCGCCACAGCAAGAAGUGCAACAAGUCUGAGGAUAUAACUGCUCCUGUAGAACUUGACAUCAUGGAUGAGGAGGCCAUGCCAGCCUGGAAUGAUUCAGAAGAGACACAUGACAGGUACGAGGAAGCUGCCUGCAACCAGUAUAGUGCCGAUAUUCAACACAUCAUUGCAUCCCGUGCUAAGGGAGGAAAACCAGACCCAUUGCCAUUUGCCCUCACUGAUCUACCCAAGCCCACCAACCCCUUAGUGAGUCUGAAUAGGUUUGGGAGGAACGCAUCCAGUGUGGGAAUUGCUGCUUCCGAGAGCCUCCAAAGUAAUGACUUCAUCAUUGAGUACUUGGGUAAAGUGAUGCUCAAGGAACAGUUAGAAGGAGACAAGGCAUUCUUUAAGCGGCAUUACCCAUACGUGUUGUUCUAUUCCAAAUUCAACAAUGUGGAUAUCUGUAUCGAUGCACGGAACUAUGGAAAUGCCGCCCGCUUUGUGAGGAGAUCCUGUUCUCCAAAUGCCGAGGUGCGGCACUACGUUGAGAACAACAUGCUUCACUUCUGCUUGUUUGCGCUACUGAACAUUUCAAAGAAGACAGAGGUUACUAUUGGGUUUGACUUCAAUUACAUGGACUGUUCAUACCCAGUACUCUGUGCCUGCUCCAAGAAAAACUGCAUUGUGAAACGCCACUUGAGAAAGCAGAACAGUCAAGUCACAGCAGCAAAGAGUCCCGUCAGCAAUCAUCUGCAGGACACCUCCACAUUAUCGUUGGGCUCCAACCUCAGCAAGAAGAGAAUGGUGUCUCCUCUCAGGGUCUCACUCUCUGCUCAUAAUGCACAGAAUCAAGCUCAGCCUCUGCCAGCUACCAACGGUGAAGAGUCCAUGCACCACUCCCCCAGUAACCCAGAAGCGUCGCCAGUGCACACCCCCAGCAACAACACCUCAGCACAACUGGAAACAGAAGAGUCUGAAGAAAACCAGGCCGAGACCAAGCUGCCACCCUCAGCAGCCAGGAAACUGACGCGAGAAGAGCGUAAGAUGGAGGCCAUCCUGCAGGCUUUUGCGCGGUUAGAAAAGACAGAGAAGCGACGCAAGGAAGCUCUGGAAAGAACGUCGGCUAGCAAAACGACAGCACCAACGCUGGGUACCGGCACGGCUACAGAGACAAAAGCCACGACAAAAGCCCCUGCAAAGCAACCAGAGGAGAAAGUUGAAGAUAAGGAAGAUUUACUCGUUGCAGAAGAAGAGUUGGAAAAAACAGACUCACUUCCAGGUGCAAUGCCAGAUGAAGCACCGUCAGUGGAGGUUACAGAGAUAGAUUCUUCCAGUAUCCUUAGUGCUGCACCUGUGUCUUCUGCAUCCACAGUGACCACGUCGUCUGUUACUACACCUGCAGUCAUCACCAGACCUAAAACCUUUAAAGGCCGCAAAAGGAAAGGUGCCAGACGGCGAAGUCGCGUCAACAGCGGUGCAUCGACCGUCUCAGUUGACUUUUCAUCUCAUGAUGAGGAGUCUAAUCCUUCCACCGGGCCACAGUCUGCCAGCCUCCCUGCAGUGUCAUUGCCAUCCAGUCAAGCCCCGUUGCUCAUACAGACAGUAUUCAGUCCAAGCCAAGGUGCCGAUCAGCAGGGAAUGGCGUCCCCUGUUCCAGCCUGCAGCAAGCACUUCAAGUUUCCAAAGACCAAAAAGUUCUUUAUGAAUGAGUGGUUGAAUGAGAAGGCCCAGGAGGCUUCAGCCAACAAGCCACUGACCAUCAAGACGGAACCAGCGGACAUGAUGGCAGCUGGCCACUCCUCACCCAGCUCCUCCUUGCAGUUGUCCAAGACUGGUCCCUUGUUGAACCUGGGCACCAAGGAGGCAAAGGGCAAUCCGGAAGCUACCUUUGGUUCAGCCAAAAAGAGGUGGCUUCGACAGGCCAUGAGUGAGGGAAGUGGACCUGGGUCCAAGGCCCAAACCAGCAGCGGUUCAGAAUCACCCGUCUGCAAUGGAACAUUAAGUCCGAAUCCUGCCAGCUAUCCUGUCAGUCCGGCCCUCUCACCCAACACCAGUGCCACAAAUGACCUCAUGACACCUCUGAAGAAGCGCAUGCUACGGCAUUCCAUCGCUGAGGAUCGCCUGACCACCACCCCACCUCCUGCAGUGGCUCCGAUGGAAGACAAGCCCCUUCGCCACACUGCGUCCAUGCUGGUGGAGGAAUUGCAGGGAUUAGCGGCUGUUGAUGGACCUGAGCCAGGUGCAAUGGACUCACCACGAAAACCAGAUGGUGGUACCAGUAGUGUGUCCGGAACAGCCCCACCCUCAACCCUGGGGCAAACAGAGCCACUUGUGUCACCUGAGUGCAUUCUCGACAUCAGGAGACGCUCGUUAUCCUUUCCAUUUCCUCUGCCUGCCAAGAAGGUACAGAAUUUUCUGAUCGCCUUCACGUUCCACACUUGCCGAGACUCACCCCCACUCGUGUAUUUCUUUUAGCUGGAGCUGCAUUAAUUUUGUUCUUUUCGUAACCCCUCACUCUUGCUAGCCAAAGUCAAAUAGGAGCUGGCAUCUAAUAGCAACAAUGUCUACAUCACUUACCAAAUAGCAAAAGUAUUCAGACCUGCAAGGUGUCUUGGCUUACUUCAGCGUGUGCGUUCUGACAAAAGGGCUGCAUGGCUGUGUCAGGCAGACACACUGUCAAAGUCCAAAGGGGUCUGAUUUUGAAGAAACUUAUCACUGGGCAUUCUUUACUAUUUUAGAGGGGUUUCAAAAUCUGGUUAGCUACAUUAUGUGUUUGACCACUCCCUGCCAGGCGAUCCAUUUUCGAGUACAUAGGCUUUAUAUGCAGAGCCGGGGAGCCCCGAACUGAGACAAAA